GAGGAUGAGGCAGGGGCGGCCACACGGCAUGGGGUGAAAAGGAAGAGGUGCAGUGUGGCGACGAGCAGGGAGCUGGCCAAACGCCGGGAGCAGGACAAUGAGCAGCGGGUGCUGGAGCUGACAGCCCACAACGAGCGGCUCCGGGAGGAGAUCAGGCGGCUCAGCGCAGAGGUGGAACGCACCCGGACUGCCCUCAUCGACCGCAUCGUGAACCUGCGCCAAGCAUAG